AUGCCACUCAGGAGGAGGGAUCGUGUGGAAGAUGUUUAUGACCGUGAUAAUCUGCGACAUAUAAAGCAGAGGUUGGAUCAGCUGGAUCAAAGUAAUCAGCAGAGGGAUCAGAGGCUAGAUCGUAUGGUGGAACAGCUAACACAGCAGAUGGCUGCACUUAUGGAGAAUCAGAAUCAGAGAAACCCUAAUUCGAAUUCUGACCUUGAUCGAGAGGAAACUGAAGCGAAGUCGGGCCCAAUCGAGGAAGACAGGCAGCGAUGGGAGACGGGCAUUCGGACUGAUAUUCCCGACGUCCAAGGGGGUUUGGAGCCAGAAGAGUUUCUAGAUUGGCUGGCAACGGUAGAAGAGGUUUUGGAGUUUAAGGGGGUACUUGAGACCAAGCAGGUACAGCUUGUGGCGACUCGGUUGCGUGGUAGGGUGUCGGCGUGGUGGCAGCAGGUGAAGCUUACCCGUAGUAGGAUGGGCAAACCGAAUAUCACGUCAUGGGAAAAGAUGAAGAAAAAGAUGAGGGCUACCUUUCUGCCCUAUAAUUUUCGGAGGAUCAUGUACCAACGCCCGCAGAACUUGAGGCAGGGCAGUAGGUCGGUGGAUGACUACACCAAUGAGUUCUACCAGUUGGUUGCUCGUAACGAGCUUCAGGAAACCGAGGAUCAACUGGUGGCGAGAUAUAUUGGCUGUCUGAGAGUGCAGCUACAGGACACGGUUAAUUUGUUCAACCCUAUUAACAUGUCUUCCGCCCAUCAGAGGGCCCUGAUUAUCGAGAAACAGCAGAAGCGAGCGAGCAGCGGGGCGGUCGAUGGAGGUGUUGCCGUUGCAGGAACCGGUGGGGUCGUCCGAGCUAGCGGUAGUAGUGUUGUUCCUGGACGUCCGAUGAGGCCUGCCAACAUUGGGCCGAGCAGUAGUGGGGCGAAGUGCUUCAAGUGUGGAGAGCCCGGGCAUCGGCAAUCUGAGUGCAAAAAAGGGGAAAAAAGGGCGAUGUUUAUUGAAAAGGAAUUUUCUGAUGACGUAGUUUAUGUAGCCGGAGGCGAUAGAGAGGUCGAGUUUGACGAAGAGGAAGAAAUUGUGACUAGAGAUGGAGUGCCCAAUCUGGUGGUGAGAAGGUCUUGUAUGACCCCGAGAGCUGUGGACGAAGACUGGUUGCGUAACAACAUCUUCCAGUCCACCUGCACCAUCGGAAAUAAAGUCUGUCGUUUCAUGAUAGACUCGGGCAGCUGCGAGAACAUCGUAUCUGCUGAGGCCGUGCAGAAGUUGAGCCUGCGAAGUGAGCCACAUCCCGAACCGUAUAAGCUGGCAUGGCUGAAGAAAGUAGGUGAAGUGAGUGUGUUGAAGCGCGCGUUGGUUACUUUCUCUAUUGGCCCUCGGUAUAGGGACUCUGUGUGGUGUGAUGUUGUCAUGAUGGACGCGUGUCACUUGUUGUUGGGAAGGCCCUGGCAGUUUGAUAGGAGCGUGAGCCAUGAUGGACGGACCAAUAAAUACAGCUUCACGCAUAAGGGAUUAAAGAUUGUGCUGGAGGAGUUGCAUGAUGUAGAGUAUAUGUUUGCUCUGGUGGGCAGGGAGGUUGUGGAGGAGGGUCUUACGUCUUGUGAGUCCUUACCGAUCUUGAAAGAAUUUCAGGAUGUCUUUCCUGAGGAGUUGCUAAAUGGUCUACCACCCUUGCGGGACAUCCAACACCAUAUCGACUUGCAGCCUGGUGCGGCCCUUCCGAACAGACCACACUACAGGAUGAGCCCGACUGAACAUGAAGAGUUAAGGAGACAGGUGGAGGAGCUGAUAUCAAAAGGGUUUAUUCGGGAGAGUAUGAGCCCGUGUGUUGUCCCGGCACUUCUAAUGCCUAAGAAGGAUGGAUCAUGGCGUAUGUGUGUAGAUAGUCGAGCCAUCAAUAAGAUAACGGUCAGGUAUCGUUUUCCCAUUCCUCGCUUGGAUGAUUUGCUUGACCAGCUGAGUGGUGCCAGGAUUUUUAGGAAGCUGGACUUGAAGAGCGGAUAUCACCAGAUUCGGAUUCGUCUUGGAGAUGAAUGGAAGCCCGCAUUCAAGACUAGGGAAGGGUUAUAUGAAUGGCUGGUAAUGCCAUUUGGGCUGUCGAAUGCACCGAGUACGUUCAUGAGAGUGAUGAACCAGAUUCUGCGGCCUUUCAUUGGUCGGUGUGUGGUUGUAUAUUUUGAUGACAUCUUGAUCUACAGCGCCGACCCCGAGCAACACCUGGCCCACUUGCGUGAAGUCCUCUCUGUUCUUCGACACGAGAAACUAUAUGCGGCGUUGAAGAAAUGUGUUUUUAUGAGGUCAGAAGUUCUUUUUCUUGGUUAUGUUGUUGCUGCUGAUGGUUUGAGGGUUGACUCAUCUAAGGUCGAGGCAGUCAGACAAUGGCCUAGACCAACGAGCGUUACUGAAGUCAGGAGUUUCCAUGGGUUAGCCUCCUUCUACAGGCGAUUUAGUCCUCACUUCAGCAGUAUUAUGGCUCCCUUAACUGACUGCAUGAAGGGAGGCAAAUUAGAGUAG